AAUGCUGUGUAGUGGUACCAAUAGACAGUAUGUUCAAUAUUACUGACCUGAUUUGCUAGAUUUGUACUUGGAAUUCAACUAUUUAGGUUUUUAUAAUAAAUUAAAAAUUUAAUUACGUCACUUUAAUCAUAAAUAAUUCCAUUUCACAUUUUAUUAUGGGAUUCCAUUUCGGUCCUGCUUUUUCUUUCCUAAAUGGUUUGAAAUGCCCCAUUAUCAAAAAUGAAAGUGAUAAUGUCAAAAUGGAAAAAAACAAUUUGAUAAUAUGAAAAAUAUGAAAUCAAAUGAUUAAUUUAAAAUAAUAAAAGUUUUGUAUGCAUGGGAAUUAUCUAAAUAUUUCUCAAAAUUUUCUUUAAUAUAGAUGAGCUAAUACAAUUUACUGGUCUUUUAUUGGUUUCUAUAGAAUAAUAGAUAAAAGUUUGGACAGGCCAAAACCUUACAUAGCCAUAUCAUAAGAUUGUUUUCAAUAAGUUCCUAUUUAUCAAUAAAUGUUAGAACUUUUAUUUUAUUCCAUAUUCCAAGAAUCUCUUCCCAACAAAUUUCACCGAAAUUAAGAUUUUAGACUUAUCCAUUAGUAAGCAUUUCCAAGUUGUAUAAUAGUAAUGGAUAAUGCAAGUUAUCUUUACAAAAAUUGUCCUCAACCAACUGAUUAAAACAAGAUUUACAGAAUUGGCUAAGUUCAAAGAAUAAUAAAGCUACAUCCUGGUACUGUGAGAAAUGAACUGUAUUCAUUUGAGCACAAGGCUUAGGUACUUCGAAGGAGUAGUGCUAAUACAUUGAGAAAUGAAAGUAGGACAAAAAUUGUAUCCUUUGAGAGGAAUAUAUAAUUUUGGAAGUAGAACAAUGAGAUGAGAUCUGGAAAGUCAAAACGAACUCGGCUGCUGUCUCUUUACGUGUCUUUACUAUUUCAACCUUUAGGAUAUUACCUAUUUAACUAUGUCUUGUCCUUCCAUCAUUUAUUUUAAUUCCUUAUAUCCUUAUUCACAAAUGAACUACUGGUAUUAUGACGUCAGUCUUAAUAUAGCGUCGUCAAUUUAGACGCAAUAGCUGUUGACAGGAAUAGCCUCUUUUGGUAAAAGUUUAUAUAUUUUGGAAGUAUAACAAUGAGGUAAAUUUUCCAUUCAAGUAUUCCAAGGUUUUCUUCUUUCUUUAUAAAACACAUAGUUUCGGUUAUGAAGGUGAUAAUAACCUUUUGGGAGGAAUCUACAUAUUUUGGGAGUAGAAGAAUAAGAUAUACUUUUAUUUGGAGUAUUUCAAGGUUUACUUGUUCUUUCUUUGUGGUAUACGUAGUUUUUGCCAUGUAGGAUAGGGAUAACCUUCUUUAGGAGUAUUCUACGUAUUUCGGAGGAAGAUCAAUGAGUUGCAGUUUUGUCAAGGUGUCUAUACCAUUUCAAUUUUUGGUAUUUCACUCAUUUAAUUUGACCUUUCAUCAUUCAUUUUAAUACCUUAUUCACUAGCCUUCAUUCAUUUUCAUCUACUUUAGCUCUAAUUCUGUUCUUAGCAUUUUAUUUUGGAAUAUUCUGAUGGUUCUCUUCUUCUUUGUUCGUGAGACUCAUAGUUUUUCAUGCGUAGGUGCCAACAGUGGUUUAAUAGUUGUUUUCUAGAUUCUGGUACAAAUGAACUACUGGUAUUAUGACGUCAGUCGUAAUAUAACGUCUUCAAUUUAGACACAAUAGUUUGUUGUGGAUAGGGAUAGCCUCCUUUCGGAGAAGUCUCCCAUAUCUUUUUGAAGGGGUUGUACGUAUUUUGGAAGCAUUUAAAGAGAAAUUAAAAAAAGAUGAUAUUGCAAAAACCCGUGGGGUGGUUAGAUUUCCACAAUAUUAUUGCGAACUAAACCCGAUUGAACUGGUACGGGUAAAGAUACAGGGAGACAUUUCAAAAAAAAAAUUAUGUUUUAUUAUUUAAAUAUUGUCUCAUAACAACAAUGAGACUGUAUUGUUGUCUUAGUAAAAUGAGAAUGAACUCUAGAAAAAAUACAUUUAAUUAACCAAAAAAUUAAUUUAUAAAAAUAUUUUCUACACGAUUUAAAGAGUCAUUGUAUCAUUCAUUAUUUAAAAUAGUGACCUUCAACAACCGCACUGUGGAGUCCAAUGACGGCACUCAGGUAAGUAAGAAACAUUACAGUCAAAUCGAGUUUAUCAGAAGAGAAAGGCGCAGAACGGUUUUACCGUUUAUAGUGACAACAAACUCUCAUCCAUUUAAAAAAAAAAUGUUUUUAGCGUGCGUUUCUGUGAUACUGUUUUUGUUUAAUACUUGGAUAGAUGCAUCUCUUGCUCCUUCUCACGGUAAAGUAGUAGUAUGUUAUUUAGGCAGCUGGGCAGUUUACAGACCAAACCGAGGAUCUUUUGCUAUAGAGAAUCUAGAUCCGCGUUUAUGCACUCACCUGAUUUACACAUUUGCAGGUUUAAAUGUUACCCAAGAUAGUCUAAGGUCAUUAGAUCCUUGGCAAGAUUUGACAGAAGAUUAUGGAAAAGGAGGAUAUAAAAGAAUAACUGCCCUUAAAAAUAAUUAUCCGCAUUUGAAAGUAAGUUUGGCUGUAGGAGGAUGGAAUGAAGGAUCUACAAACUAUUCUAGACUUGUAGCAGACCCUGCGAGGCGAAAUAGAUUUGUGGCGAGCUCCUUGGAUUUCAUAAGAAAGUACAACUUUGAUGGACUCGAUCUAGAUUGGGAAUUUCCUGGUAAAAGAGGAGGAACUAAAGAUGACAAAACUAACUUUUUAUUAUUAGUAAAGGAAUUAAGGGCAGCUUUUCGAAAACACAAUCUUUUAUUAACGGCAGCUUUCAGUGCUGGAAAAGACACAAUCGAUGUAGCUUACGAUGUAGAAGGAUUAUCUGUGUAUUUAGAUUUUAUACAUAUGAUGUGUUACGACUACCAUGGUCCAUGGGAUAGAAAAACUGGGGCGAAUGCACCUUUGAAAGGACCUGAUACACUCAAUGUGGAAUAUUCCAUAAACUACAUGUUGAGUUUAGGAGCCCCUCCAAGAAAACUAGUCAUGGGAAUACCAUUUUAUGGUAGAACUUUCUUCUUAGAAGAAGCUUUUAAUUCAUCCUCAAAGAGGAAACCGAGAUUGGGAUCUCCAGCGACGAAUCUUGGAUUCGCAGGUCCUUUCACUGCUGAAGGCGGUUUUAUGGGCUACAACGAAAUAUGUUUGGAACUUCGAAACCUAGCUGCACAUUGGAAAAUUUAUUGGGACGAUGAAUCUCGUACCCCAUUCGCUAUAUCUGAAGAUAAAGUGAUCGUAUACGACAACGAACAAUCGAUAGCAGAAAAGAUUCAUUUUGCGAUGGAGAAGGGUUUAGCCGGAGCUAUGGUUUGGUCUAUUGAUACGGACGAUUUCCAUGGAGAUUGUUCGGAAGGAGAAAAUGAACGUUUUGUUAAUUUUCCUCUCAUGCGUUGCAUCAACAAAUCUAUCGUACAAAGUCUAAAAGAUUUGGAAAAUACUGUUAAAGAUACUAAAACAAAGAGCGGUGAAGAUAGAAUAAGGUCCGGAUUACUAGGAAUAUUUAUUUUUUUAUUUAAAUAUUUCAUUUGAUCUAGUCAUAUAUAAAUAAAAAAAAAGAGUAUAAAGUAGAAUCUUUCUUUUAACUACUAUCAAAAUUAUAAUUCCUAGGAAACAAGUAAAUUUAACAGCUUGGAGGUGGUUUUCUCCCUAUGCUCUGUUGUGAUCUUCUCACUGUCAAGAAUGGUAUUCUAUUUUUUAUUUUUAAAAAGAACUGAAUCCGAUUAGAUCGUUGAGAAGAAAAUCAUUUUUAGGAUCUGUCGAAUAGUCCAUUUCCUGACUGUACAAAUGUGUUCACAUUAAUCACAUCCCCAUCUGUUUCUAAAAUCGAAGAACGUCUUGACUAUUGCUCUUUCUUAACAAUUUUCCAGUUCCUAAACUCUUUGACUAUUAUAAGUCUUAGAAGAAUCAUAUGUUGUGAUUCAAUGCAGUUUUAUUAAUUAAAAAUAAAUAAUUAAAUUCAAUUUAACCUUCUUGAUUAAGUACUUUUAACUUAACUUAAGAUAAUUAGCAGUUUGGCUUUUGUAAAACACUGUCUCUCAAGACAAUUGAAGGUUUGUUAUUGUAAAAGACAAUCUCUAACGACAGUGACAGUUUAUUUGUGUAAAAGACAGGCUGUUAAGACAAUUGAAGGUUUAUUUUGUAAAAAACUAUCUCUAAAGACAAUUGCAGGUUUAUUUUUGUAAAAAACAGUCGCUAAAAACAAUUGACAGUUUGGUUAGGUUAGGUAAGACUGUCUCUGAAGACAUUUGAAGGUUUAUAUGUGUAAAAAAACAGUCGCCAAAGACAUUUGUUUUUUGUAAAAUACCUUACCCAAAAACAAUUGACCGUUUGUUUUUGUAAUGAUAAUUGAGGGUUUAUUUUUGUAAAAGACAGUCUUCAAAGACAAUUGAUGCUUUUUGAGAUUAUAAAAACGUCCCUAUCACAUCAGUUGAUGUGGCAAGAUAGUUUUUCAAUUUAUAAGUUUUUAUAUCCAGAUAGGAGACAAAAUUUUCUAAUUGAAUACUCGAAAAACAUUUUGUGCUUUACUGUUUUUAUAACUAACAACAAUUUGCUUUGUCUAAUAAAUGCAUAUGUAGGUUUAGUUUAGAAUUUUUGUACAUAUUUCGAUUAUAUAAUUUGCAUACUUGGGUUUCCUUAUUUAUGAAUGACAUUUGUGAAAUAAAAAAACUUAUAAUUAUGAAAUAAAA